AUGGAAAGAUGGCAGAAAGUCUUCUUCCUCAUGCUCCUGUGCUUUCUGAUUCAUAUUCAAGGUCAAGAUGACUUCGAUUUAGCAGAUGCACUUGAUGAUACUGAUGAAAUUACAAGGAGACCUAACCCAGUUACCAAGAAACCAGGAUCAGGUAUUUAUCCCAAACCCAACCCACCCUAUCGUCCUCAACCUGGAAGCUAUGACAAUCCCGGAGGUAACAUUAAUGAUUUAGAUUUGGAUGAUGGACGCUCCCCACCCAGACCUCGGCCACGACCUCCAGCAGGAGGAGGAGGAUACCAUUCCAAUAAUUUUGGCAACACUCAUGGAGGAGGGGGCUAUAACUCCAAUUACAAUAACCAUGGAGGAGGGGGAUAUAAUCCCAGUUCUCAUUAUGGAAAUACUUAUGGUGGAGGAGGAUAUUCAGAUUAUGGAAACACACACGGUGACUCAAUAGCUAGAAUUGUUUCUCCCAUUGUUUCUGUGGUUGUGGUAUCACUUAUUGGAGCAGCAACCAGCUAUUUUGCUUACAACCGGAGGAGAAACUGCUGCCGAACAAAUGAGACAGAGAAUGUCUGAAAGAGGCAGGAAUCUGCAAUGAAUUUCACAUGAACUGGAAAAAGAUGGGAAUGGACAUGUAUGUUAUAUGGAUUUUUUCUGUGUGUGCAAUGAGG